AUGGCGGCGCAGCAGCUGGAGGAGCGGCUGAGCUGCGCCAUCUGCCUGGGCCUCUUCCGCGAGCCGACCCAGCUGAGAGCAAGCCUGGAAGUCACCCAGCAGCAGACGGCCGAGGCCGAGAGCCAGCUCCAGGAGCUGCAGCAGCGAAGCAGCCAGAUCCAGAGCUCGGCCUGCACCAUGGCCUCCAUGGUCUCCAGCAAGGUCACCAGCCUGCUGCAGGCGCUGAAGAGAUGGGAGACUUGGGCGCUGGAGGACAUCGAGGUGGCCAAGACGCAGGCGCUGGCGCAGGUACAGGAGGAGGAGCAGCGUGUGCGGGGCCACCUGGAGGCCCUGGCUCGCUAUGACCGCAGGGCCCGGGACCUUCUGGAGGAGUCGGAUGACCAGACCUUGUACCAGGAAUUGCAGCUCCUUGUGCAUCCGGGGCCUCUCGGGCCACUGUCUCCCCUGCAGUGGGACGAAGAGCAGCACGUGGGUGGCCUGAAGGAAAUGCUGAAUCAGCCGUGUGGCCGCCUCCUGACCGAGGCCAGCAGCCCCAGGGUCCCAGCUGAGCCUGCAGACAUGCUCUCCAGCAAGGCCCCAGGUCCCCCUGCACCAGUCCGGAGCCCGGUCUGUCCACUGAGGAGGAAACUCUGGCAGAAUUAUCGCAACCUGACCUUCGAUCCAGACAGCGCCAACCGCCAUUUCUACCUGUCCCGACAGGCCCAGCAGGUGAAGCACUGCCAGAAGCCGCAGGGCGCGGCCGGGCCAGGCAGCUUCGAGCUCUGGCAGGUGCGGUGUGCCCAGAGCUUCCACGCCGGGCGCCACUACUGGGAGGUGCAGUUGUCCAACCACUCGGUGACGCUGGGCGUCGCCUACCCAGACCUGGCCCGCCGCAAGCUGGAGACCCACACAGACAACAUCGGCCGCGGGCCCAGCUCCUGGGGGCUGUGCAUUCAGGAGGACCGAACCCAGGCCUGGCACGACGGCAAGGCCAAGUACCUCCCGCGGGUGUCAGGGCGGCUCCUGGGCGUGGACGUGGACCUGACCUCCGGCUCCCUCACUUUCUACAGCCUGGAGCCCAAGACCCAGCCCCUACACACCUUCCACACUGUCUUCACGCAGCCCCUCUACCCUGUCUUUUGGCUACUCGAGGGUCGGACCCUGACCCUCUGUCACCAGCCCGAGGCCAAGCUCCCUGCAGAGCUCCAGGAUGAGGCUGUGAAGGAAGGCACGGAACCUGGUGGCGCUGUGGGCCCGGCACAGGUGCCACCAAACCCGGGUGCCGAAGAGCUGCCCCAGCCCCUGACCUGCGCACCUGAGGCCACGGCUCCAACGGGAAUCGCCUCCACGACCAGCGCAGCGCCUGGGAGCCCUGGUGCUCCGGAAGAGGGCGCGGCAGAGUGUGUGGCAAAGUGAUUGUCCAGUCAGCUCUGUGCAGCCCGCAGACACAAGGGGGCUGUGGAGACCACUGAGGAGUCCUGGGGAAAUUUGAUACUGGUCUUCCCCCUCCUCAUCUUAGUCUGUUUUCUUGUCCUUUUUUUUUUUAACCUUAACAUUUUGAUAUAUUUUAAUUUGUUUUUACAUUGCACAGCCUUUUGAUGGCAGAAAAGACCAUUUAUACAAUGCAUUUUUUUUUAAUUUUUUUAAGAAGUGGGGUAUUUUUUUUUUAAUUUUUUUAAGAAGUGGGGUAUAGGCCAGAGUUGCAGGGGGUGAGAAGAUUCACCAGAGAGAGCAGGGGGCAGAACAGGCAUAUGCACCGAAAUCCACUGCUGAGGGGAGCAGCGGGUGAGGCAGGAGAGGUCUGCUGCGCCAUGUGGGUGGCUCCCUGGCCAGCUGGGGAUUGAACUCGCACUGCAAAGGCCAUGGACAGCUUCACGGCCGUGUGCUCAACCCCUUGUGCAUUUUUUGAUUUAAUAAACAUUUUUCAUGUCAUUAAAAAUUUUCCCAGACUGAUCAUGUUAUAAGCAACCCUUCCAACGUUGAUCAGAAUGAGUAGCCACGAAUGACGUUCAAAUUCUUUGAUUUGGGGCUAUCAAAACAUUGUUGCAAGAGAUGUGUAACAGGACUCUUUAGCCAUAUUUAUGGCUGUGGACUUGGGCUAAAUUACCUAAAGUGUAAAAUAAAAAAAAAAAAACACCUUUUUAAAUUUUUAUUUUUUUUAAAGACUUAUUUAUGGAUGCAUACAAGAACUGGGGUGCAGGCCAGAGGUGCAGGGGUGAGAGGAUUCACCAGAGACAGAGCAGGGAACAGAACAGGCAGAUGGACCGAAGUAUACUGCUGCGGGGAGCAGCAGGCGAGACAGGAGAGGUCUGCUGCACCGUGUGGGUAGCUCCCUGGCCGGGGAUC